AUGUUGUUUAGGCGAAUCAUUACAUAUAUUUGGCUUAGACCAUCCAGAGGCAACAUUGGCAACAUAACAUCAACCACAACAAUUCAGAGCAUCAAAAAUGAUGAUUCUAUGUCCCUUGGGCAAGAGAAAACCACCACCAUUGACGGUUCCGAGGCCGAGCCCAGCAAUGGUGGUGUACCAUCGGAGCAAGCAGAAAGCGCAGAACAAAACAAGAGACGCGCUAUCUGCAGCGGUUCCAUUGAGAACGAGCUCUUGAAUCCGGCUGCUAUUCACUUUCCACCUCCAGAUUCUGACAAUCAUUUUGUGGUACAGUCCUUCGAUAUUAGCAUUGCCCUCUUCAAUUUCCAACGAUCGAUUCUCAGUAAUAAAUGGAAAUUAACUCUUAAAGACCAUAUGCACUCCACCAUGGCAGUCCAUUCAAUUCUCUUUUUAUAUGCUGUAUAUGUUAUAACUAUUGAAGGCACAUAUGGAAUCAAAAAGCCUCGAUUUCCCAUAGACACCAUCAUUAGGAUCCUCACUAUUAUUCAAGAAGUUUCAACAAACAUCAUGAGUCGGCAUAAAGGUAUUAUGCAGCUCAUUGAUCUCGAUCUUCCGUCAAAACAAGCCAGACUCGUCAAGUCCAUCAUCUAA